AUGCCCAAUCUAUACGGAGAUAUUUUGUCGGACAUGUGUGCAGGAUUAAUUGGUGGAUUGGGACUUACACCUUCUGGAAAUAUUGGCAGUGACGCUUCAAUUUUUGAAGCUGUCCACGGAACCGCUCCUGACAUUGCCGGGAAAGACUUGGCCAACCCAACGGCGCUUUUACUUUCGUCAAUAAUGAUGCUUCGUCACAUGCGCUUAAACGAGUUCGCUGACUCCAUCGAACCGGCGGUCCUCAGGUCGAUCGCCGAAGGCAAGCAUCUAACUCGUGAUCUAGGGGGUAAUGCGACGAACACCGAAUUCACUAAUCAUAUCAUAGAUAACCUACAAUAA